CUACGAACCAAACAUUUACACGUGAAAGUGAACGAGGGGUGUGUUUUGUGUUGUUUUGACCAGUGAGCAGUCUGUCUCAUGGCAGAUUUAUCAGACUUGCCACACAAGGCCCCAUCUCCAGCAUCAAGACCCAAGUGGAAGCGUUACUAUGUGAAGGGAGACAUAGUUCCAUUUGAAGAAGAUGCCACACAUGAAUUUAAAGGACAUAGGAACCUCUCAGUGGAAGAUGUACCCCCCUGGGCUGUUGGCCCAAAUAAUAAGAGAACAAGAAGAGCAGUGUCUCGGACCUUGAAUGGCUUUCUGAACACUGGCAAAGGUGGGACAGUUUAUCUUGGGAUCACUGAUGAAGGCCACGUCCGUGGCCUUAAUCUUACUCAGUAUAUAAAAGAUCACAUGGUGGUGGCUGUGGAUGACCUCAUGAGCCGGUACACACCCCCCGUGGCUUCUCACCGCUACAAGAUCAGGUUCAUACCUGUGGUGCAGAGAGAUGCUACAGAGGAGCAGAUUGAGACCCUGUGUAACUAUGAUUCAAGUAUUCAUAUUGACCCAGAUGUCAGGUUGAAGCCACACAUCCUGCGAAUGUCCAACUACUGCUGGUGUGACAGGGACCAUAUCGCCAGGAUUAACUCAAGGAGGCAAUACCCAAUAGCGCACUACCUGUAA